AUGCUUCCUGCACGCGCUGGGGCACUACGCUCGCUGGCCUAUCACUACGUCACUUUUACAGCAAACGACGCCACCCAUACCGCCACUCCCGAUGCGCCAGUUCGACGGCAACGAAAGGGCAUGUGCAGCCUCCGCUGCUCCCCCGCCAGCGUACCGGCGAUAGCUCACACGCGGCGUCAGCGGGCUUUACUGCUCGGCUGCAGCGCCGCGCGCCUUCCAUUCUCCUGCCAUGGUGAACCGCUCAUGAUGUCGUGUCGCUUCAAUUCCGUCAGGCAAACGAUUGCAAGCUCGGCCCUCGACGAUCGAUUCAUCACAUACCUUCGCUCGUUACUUCGGUCAACAGGACCGAUACCCAUCUCGAAGCUGGCAAGCAUGAUAGGUGAUGAGCACCUGGAGCGUCUCGUGGUCAGGUACGAUUUAAAUGGUCAGUUUAUCCGGCGGCACCCCGAGGCAUUCGUCGUGGUGCAGAUGCCCGGUCGUGUGCACGUGGCCAUGCUGAAUGACGCGGCGUCGCUGUUCCGUUCGAGCGAGCACAAGACGCUCGGGCUCCGCGUCAUUGGGCUGCUGACAGUCGCGCAGCACAUGACAGGCACCCAGGUGGCAACCUCGCUUGGCUUCUCCUCGGCGACGCCGACAGUAACCGAACUCUGCAAAGCCCUGCGGCAUUGGUCACUUGUCUCCCCCAUACAACUGAAGAGGUUCUUUCACCAGUAUGAGGAGGUGUUCUGGUAUCAUCCCAUGUCACUGUACGUGCGGCUGCGUUGUUCAAAGGCCUGCACGCCGGCGCCGGCGCCGGCGUUAGCAAGGCCAUUGCCCCCCGACCACGCUGUGACGCGUGCGCAGCACAGCAGGUUUCAGCUGUGGCUCAGCGCGGUACUGCCAUCCCAGUACCACGUGCCACUAUCGUACCUGAUGGAUGCAGCGGUCACGGCAAACAUGUCAGCGACCCUAUUCGGUUGCGAAGCGCCAUCGCUGGAGGACGUGCGGCACGCUUUCCAGCAGUUGCCACCGCAGUUCGUGGACGUGCGCGCGUUCGGCGCCUCACCGAUGGCCAUCUUUGUCCGUCUGCUACGGCCAGAGCCGCUGCUGCUGCAGGCCGGGGUACGUACCUACACGUCAGAUGCACCGCCACCGGAGAGCGUAGCCAGUCGCCACGACCCCACACUACUGGGCCGCAAGCUCACUGAGGCCCUGCAGAAAGGGGCAGCAGAGGAUCACCUGAAGCAUUUACGGCUGGUGCAGGGCCUUCAUAUGGUGCACUUGCGCGACUGCGUGCCGGCGGACCUGGUGCGCGAAAUCGAGAUGUUCUACGGCCUCGUCGAGGGGGGCGAUCUCCGCGUUAGCAUCCUCCUCCUCGACCGACUACGACACUUGUGGGAGGUGCAGCUGGACUCCUCUCGAGUGCGGCCGUGGGCCUUCUUGCCGGCGUCGGAGCAGCCCUCCUCGUUGACGCUGGAGACAUCGCCGGUACCGCGAGUGAUGGUGCACCUGCAGCGCAUUUUGGCGGACAAUGGCCCUCAACUUCCCGCUGACCUCUACGCGGAACUUCCGAUGGACUUGCAAGAAGCGCUGCUGCGGACCUAUGGGCCUGUGGAGGAGGCGGACGCGCUGCCGGAUACGACGACUGGCGCAGACGCCAUUUCCUCUUUUGUCGAAACACACUCGCUCUUCUUCAUGAGGCAGGGCGAUCGCGUCUACACGCCUCGCCUCGCCGCCGAGGAGCUGCAACACCCGACGAAGGCUGAUGGGGCUCGUUGGGGAGUGAGGGGGCGUGAGGAUGGCGCGUGCGUUGGGAAGCCGCUUGACCCAGCAUCGACUCCAUGGCGCCCAGCGAAGCAAGAUGUAGAGAUGUCUGAGAUCGAGAUUGCACAGUUCCUUCACGACGCCAUCCCCGUCGGGCAGCCGGUAGCGGUGGACGCUCUGCGCUCUGCCCUGGUCAAAGAGCGGCGGAGACGCGGCUUGGCAGGCGAAAAAGCGCGCCGCUUUGUCCGCCGCGAAUUCUUUGAGAGGUAUAAACGGCUCUUCAAACUGUACGAGUACUUUGCCUACGACAAGCUGAUUGUUGGCCGUGCAGAGGAUCCCUCACCGCCGCCGCACGUGCUGCAGCCACGUAUGACGAACAUUGGGCAGGUAAUCAAGUUUAUUGCCCUCUUUUCAUCCGAGUCAGCCAGCGACGGCGCGCUCACGCGCGCUCUACCGCGCGACGGCCGCAUGUUACUCAAAGCUGUUGGGAGUGUCACCGAUCUUGCGGAGCAGCUUCCGAUGUGGUUCCUCGCGCAGCGAGACAAGCACAACUUUUCUUCCUCCCUUAUUCGCUACAUAGGGCCUCUGGCGGAGUCUGAGAAGCCAUCGGCGUGGGCGCUGAAGCCUCCCCCAUCAGGUGUGCUUACGCGCAAGGUGCCCAAUGAUCCAUUUGCCGAUAUUGGGUCAGAGGAGCUGGAUGGAAAACCUGCUGAGUGGAAUGAUGAUUGGAACGAGGAUGAGCUCGACGGAGAUACGAAGCAGGCGGCAAGCGAGUCACCACUGACAUGA